GCGUUGCGCGUGUCUGAUUGGCUGAGAGAAAUCUGUGCACUGAUUGGACGAAACUUUUAGCUGUCAAAAGUUUGUCUGACCAGCGUGGGUCACACGGCACUGGAUUGCCCAUGUGUGCAGACCUUUAAGGAGCUGUGCUUUACGAUGGACGUGCGUUAACUUAAGUCAAGGAGUUUGUCUUUGCGCUGCGUGUUUACUAACCAAGGAAGAAGUGCUACUCCUGUUAAGUCCUAUAUAUUGAAAAACGUGGAAUAAAUCACCCCACUUUCAGAAAUAAGCAAGACAUGGCAGCCUUGAGCAAUACUACUAUGAAGACUUUGGAGGAUUUGACCCUGGACUCUGGAUAUGGAGCCGGUGAUUCUUACAGAUCCCUCAGCUUGUCCUCCUCCAAGUCCAACUCGCAGGCGCUCAUCAGCUCUCCACAGCGAGGAAACUGGUGGAGCUACACGGAUUCCAUGAACAGCAGAAACAACAGCUGGGAUACAGUGAACACGGUGCUUCCUGAAGACCCAGAGGACAACUUCUCCAAAUGUCCGAGGUUACCAGAGUUAGAAGAGUUCCCUUGGACAGAUGAGGAGAUCGAUGUUGUCCUGCGUAAAGUUGCUGGAGAGGGACUGUCUUUCACUCCAGAGAGCGCCAGGAGGCUGUCACUGCUAACGCGUAGAGCUUUGUUGCGGAUCUCCAGAGAGGCGCAGCGGUUAAGUGUCGUGCACUGCAGGUGCACGCGGUUCGAGGUGCAGAGCGCGAUGAGACUGGUCAUGAGCUGGGCGCUCGCGGAUAGCUGCGUCUCGGCCGCGGUCAGAGCCAUCUCGCUGUACAGCAUGAGCGCUGGAGAGGUCCUGCGCAAGAGCAAGUCCUCCCGCUGCACACUGAGUUUGUCUGUGGGACGCUUUUUCCGCUGGAUGGUGGACACUCGCAUCUCAGUGCGCAUUCACGAGUACGCGGCCAUCUGUUUGACUGCUUGCAUUGAAAAUCUAGUGGAGGAGAUCGGGCUCCGGGUGCUGGCGGCGCAGAGCGGGAUCAACACCUCUCCAGUGACCCCUGAGGCGCUGGAGGCUGUCGUCAGCAAUGACGCGGAGAUAUUUGGUCUCGUUCAAAACUAUGAACAUCUCAUCUGCGGGAAGAACGCUAAUGGUGAGCUAUCCCUGCCUGCUCAUUUCAGCCCGUAUGCUGAGGGUCCGGACUCAGCGGUGGAGAGCAGAGAGAAUGCCUACGCACAGCUGGAGCUCAGGACGCUGGAGCAGGCCCUGCUGGCCACCUGUGUGGGCAGCCUCUCUGAACUCAGUGACUUGGUCUCACGUGCAAUGCACCAUAUGCAGCGUUUAGUUUCAGCAAGCCCUAGUCUUAGCCCUGGACGUCCUUUCUGCCUGCAGCCCAUCUCCUGGUCUCCAGAUGCUCUUCACACACUCUAUUACUACCUACGCAGUCCGCAGAUGGAGUCACUGGAGAACCCCAACCUUGAGCCACCCAGGAUAACCCUUAGCAAAGAAAGGCCUUUUCCUCUUCUUCCUCCUCUGAUGGAGUGGAUGCGAGUCGCUAUGGUCCAUGCGGAGCAUCGCCGGAGCCUGUUAGUGGAUAGUGAUGAUGUGAGACAGACUGCCCGACAGCUACUUCCUGGACUGGACUGUGAACCUCGACAGCUCAAGCCAGAGUGCUGUUUCACCUCCUUUAAACGUCUAGAUUCAAAGGCUGCUGCAGACAAGUUUAAUCUGGAUCUUGGCUUCCGGAUGCUCAACUGUGGCCGCACUGAUCUGAUUGGCCAGGCUAUCCAGCUUCUGGGCCCAGAUGGGGUGAACACAAUGGAUGACCAGGGCAUGACUCCUCUGAUGUACGCCUGCUCAGCAGGGGACGAGGCUCUAGUGCACAUGCUCAUUGAUGCUGGUGCAAACUUGGAUGUAGCGGUGCCCAACUGUUCACCAAAACAUCCCUCUGUCCAUCCUGAGAGCCGCAGCUGGGUGGCCCUUACCUUUGCUGUGCUGCAUGGACACAUAUCUGUAGUGCAGCUCCUGUUAGAUGUGGGAGCAGAUGUGGAGGGCACAGCCCUGAGAAACGGCCACCAAAGCUCAGCAGAAACACCCCUCCAGCUGGCAUCAGCCGCAGGUAACUAUGAGAUGGUGAGUCUGCUGUUGUCCCGUGGCGCUGACCCAAUGCUGCGGGUGCAUCUGACAUCAUCACUCUAUGAGGGCAUGAACUGCUUCGGUCACGCUGCAGCGCAUGGACACAGGAAUGUGUUGAGGAAGCUCUUGAGUCAGCCCCAGGGGCUGCAGGAAGAUGUGCUUUCUCUGGAGGAGAUCCUGGCAGAGGGAGUAGAGGAGCAGGAGAAACAGGAAAUGAAGGAUGGAGCAAAUGCAAAGUCUGUCUGCACUCCACGGCUGUGUAAAGCCCGCAUCAGAGCCCUGCAGGAAGCUAGCCUUCACAGCGCUGAGCACGGAUAUCUGGACGUCACCAUGGAGCUCAGGGCACUGGGAGUGCCUUGGAAGCUGCACGUAUGGCUGGAGUCAGUGCGCAGUGCCCAGCUCCAGUCCAGGACUGAACUCACACUUUCUCUCCUUAAAGACUUCACCACUAUUGGGGAUGAAAAGUACUGUGAGGAGCUGCUCUCAGAGGGUCUUCCACUCCUCUUCUCCAUUUUUAAAACUAGCAAGAGUAAGGAUAUCCGUAGGCAGCUGGCAGUCAUCUUCAGCCACUGUGUUUGCUCUACAGCCGCCCCGUGUAUCCUGGGAGUAAAGGACACACCUACAGCUCAGCUGGAUGCUCAUUUUCUGAAUAACACAGAGAUGUCUGAUGUGAUAUUUGUGGUGGAGGGAAGGACGUUUUAUGCCCACAGAGUUCUGCUCAUGUCUGCUUCACAGAGGUUCAGAGACUUGCUGAGCCUCUACAGGAGUAAUGGCACAUCAGACCACAUGGCUAUUGAAAUCACUGACAUAAAAUACAGCACGUUCCAGAUGAUGAUGGCACAUCUUUACUGUGGAGGAGCAGAAUGUUUAGACGUGUCAGUGUCUGAUUUGCUGGAGGUAAAAAAGACAUGGAUAGGCUAUAUAGUACAGUACUGUUAA